AUGUUUAGCUUGAAAGCCCUAUUGCCAUUAGCCCUGUUGUUGGUCUGCAUCGACCCGGCCGCUGCCAAAGUUCACAAGGCAAAAAUCUAUAAGCACAAAUUGUCCGACGAGAUGAAAGAAGUGACUUUUGAUCAGCAUUUAGCUCAUUUAGGCCAAAAGUAUCUGACUCAAUUUGAAAAAGCCAACCCGGAAGUCGUAUUUUCCAGGGAACACCCUUUCUUCACCGAAGGUGGUCACGAUGUACCAUUGACGAAUUACUUGAACGCUCAAUAUUACACUGAUAUUACUUUGGGUACCCCACCUCAAAACUUCAAGGUUAUUCUGGAUACCGGCUCCUCAAAUCUUUGGGUUCCAAGUAACGAGUGUGGUUCUUUAGCUUGCUUCCUACACUCUAAAUACGAUCAUGAAGCUUCGUCAAGUUACAAAGCUAAUGGCACCGAAUUUGCCAUCCAAUAUGGUACUGGUUCCUUGGAAGGUUACAUAUCUCAAGAUACCUUAUCCAUUGGUGAUUUGACCAUUCCUAAGCAAGAUUUUGCUGAAGCUACCAGUGAACCGGGCCUAACCUUUGCGUUUGGUAAGUUCGAUGGUAUUCUGGGCUUGGGCUACGAUACCAUUUCCGUCGAUAAGGUGGUUCCACCAUUCUAUAACGCCAUCCAGCAGGAUUUGUUGGAUGAGAAGAAAUUUGCGUUCUAUCUGGGCGAUACUUCCAAGGAUAGUGAAAAUGGUGGUGAAGCCACUUUUGGUGGUAUCGACGAAUCCAAAUUUAAGGGUGAUAUUACCUGGUUGCCAGUUCGUCGUAAGGCCUACUGGGAAGUCAAAUUUGAAGGUAUUGGUUUAGGCGAUGAGUACGCCGAAUUAGAGGGCCAUGGUGCUGCCAUCGAUACAGGUACUUCUUUGAUCACCUUACCAUCUGGUUUGGCUGAGAUGAUCAACGCAGAACUGGGUGCCAAGAAGGGUUGGACUGGCCAAUACACUCUUGACUGUAACACCAGAGAUAGUCUACCUGACUUGAUUUUUAACUUCAAUGGGUACAAUUUCACUAUCGGGCCAUACGAUUACACUCUCGAAGUAUCAGGUUCCUGUAUCUCUGCCAUUACCCCAAUGGAUUUCCCAGAACCAGUCGGUCCAUUGGCCAUUGUUGGUGAUGCCUUCUUGCGUAAAUACUAUUCCAUUUACGAUUUGGGUAACGACGCUGUUGGUUUGGCCAAGGCUAUUUAA